CGCAGUAUGGACCAUAUCCGGGUACUUCACCCCGCGAUCAAAGUGCGAGUGGGGGCGAAAAAGUCGUCUGAUUCGGGCGUUAUUUCAUUAGAUUUGCUCACUUCUGGUGGAAUUUUCACAGUAACCGGAAAGGAACGGCCGUCUGAUCGGAGUCCGUGCGGAUAAGAAGGCGGUAGAGAAGGUUUUAAGCAGUGGGAUGCCGCAGUAGCGUCCACAGUAGAUAGAGUAGAGACGAAGAUAACUAGACUAGAGCAGCAGCAUGGCAAGCACAGUCAAGAAGGGCAAGAAGGAGCCCUUAACAGCCGAAGAAAAGGUCAAACAGUAUGAAGGGGACGGAAUGGUCUUCAAGGGCAAGGUGAUAGGUAUUGAUGAUGUGGAGGCUGCAAGAGGGGACAAGAUGUGCCAGGACUCCAUGAACAAGCUCAAGCUUGCAGUUAAGGCAUCAGGAGCCCACAAGCAGCGCAUCACCAUCAGUGUGUCCCUCCAGGGUCUGAAGAUCAUAGAUCUGGCCUCUGGGGCGAUCAACCACCGGCACCCUGUGCACAAGAUCUCGUUCAUAGCCCGGGAUGUGACAGACAACAGAGCCUUUGGCUGGGUCUUCAGCCCAGGGGAGGGGCAGCACAAGUUCUUCGCCAUCAAGACAGAAAAGCAGGCCGAAGCUGUGGUGUUGUCCAUCCGAGACCUGUUCCAGACGGUGUACAAUGUGAAGAAAGCAGAGAUGGACAAGAAGAAACAAGCCCAGCAGGAUGGCACCACAGAUCCCACCAACGGUGAAAGCUACUACCAGUCUGUCCAAUCUACAAAGGUAAAAAGUCCAAAAAAGAGACGCAAAGACAAAGGAAGCCCUACAAACGAAAGCUCGUAUGACUCUUCUACGGGAGAACCUAUCUACCAGGGCCAGCUUUCAUCCAACCACCUUAAUAGCAACACGCUGCAGCUUACUGCUUGCUUGCCUCGUGUUCCCACCAACAAACCAGUAGGACAAGAUGGAGAAGCCCAACCUGCAGCAGCAGAACAGAGUGCAGAGGAAACCAAGGCUGGUGCACAGGUUGGCAAUUUGCUGGAUCUUGAAGAGGAGCUUCAGUCAUUGCAGACUGGAAUCAAAGACAUGGACAAGUUGGCAGACCUUUUUGCUGCCCAGCCCAACGAUCCAUUCAGCAGCCCAGACUCUACUGCGAACACUCCCAACACCACACAACAAGAUCUGUUCGGCUCCCCUGUGGCCCCAGUGAGGUUGAAACAGUCGAGGUUGAGUCCGUGGGCUUCUACCCCUGUCCUUAAUACCGCAUCACCAAGCCUAACACCCUACCAGAAACCCUCCUUCGGCCUCUUUUCCACUACAGAAUUUAUCCAGAAAGAUAAGGCUGCCUUUGACAAGGACAAGUUUGUGGAAAGAUGGAAGUUAUCCCUAAAUAACGACUCCUUAUUCAGGAAAAACAGGAGGCAGCUUGGCUCCAAUAGUGACAUUGCUAGGAGUAGACCAAAGAGUAGAAACAGUAUGAAAAUUGAGGAUUGGCAGUCCUUUGAGGACCCUACCCCAAUGGUAAACGAUAAUCGUUUUGAUGUUUCUGUGAAAAAUACAACAAAUGCUCCUCCAGUGAAAGAACCAACAACUGUUUCUAGUUCUGUAGUGCCAAGGCUGUCCCAUCCUAUAACAAGUGCAAUAUCAACAUUUGAAAACAGGAAUUUUAAUGGUAGCAGUCCAACAAUGUUGUCAGAGAAUAGGAAUAUUCCACAAAGCCAGUCAACAAACCACAAUAACGCAAUUACAACAUUUGAUAACGCCCAUUUUAAUGGUAGCAGUCCAGUAGUGUUGUCAGAGAACAGCAAUAUUCCACAAAGCCAGACACCAAACCACAUUUAUAAACCUCAGGCAGCAUCAGAAGAAACACUAAAUAAUAAGGUUAAGUUCAAUCCUUUUGCUCAAGAGCCUGAUAAUCAAACACUGCAAGCACAUGACAAGCCUCUUCAAGGUGACAACUUUCCUACUAGUACUACACCAACUCCUGAGGUUUCAAGAGAACGUAUGAUGUCGUCUAGUAGUACAAUAAAAUCUCCUGUUAGUCCUGACUGGGUUGAUCCCUUUGCAACUUAUCAGGAAACUCCCAAGGCAGCUACCCCGUCCAGUGAGUAUGACCAAUUCUUGUUCGACAAGGCUCGUUUAGAGUUGAUCAAAUCUAUCCACCAAGAAAAACCCGAGCCGCCUCCUUCCCUGUCUAGAAAUCCCUUCAGGUCCUCCCUCGGUUCUUUGGAAGAGGCACCACCGACAACACGUAAAAUGGAGGUUAUUCCGGAAAAGCCGGAGAAUCCGUUCAAUCCGUUCCGUAGCAUAGAUAGCCAGGACUCAGCCUCGGAACCUGUUGCACCGCAGGCGCCAGCACGGAGGCGCAAGACCUCCCCGGGGUUGAAGAGAUCGCAGAGUCUCGUGACGCUGAAUGAAAUUUUGACCCCUGUGGGGUCAUCUAGUCUCCCUGGCAGCUCCGCAACAACGCCUGGUGAUGAUUUUCUCAACAGUCUGCUUCAACCAAUCAAGGCCAAUCAGCCUCUGCAACCCAUACCUGUCAACCAAUCACAGCCUGUCUUGAUACCAACCCCUGUCAACAACCAAUCACAGUCCAAAUUACAACCAAGUCCUUCCAGCCAACUGUCGGCAGUCUCUCUCCCUCCUCCUCCUAAUAGCAAAUCACAGCCAGUCUUACAGUCGACUCCUGUUAACCAAUCCCAGACAAGUUUACAUUCAGACACUAGCAGCCAAUCGAGCGGACCGUCCUUCCCAAGUCUGGACUCUGGAAGCAGUAAAACGUCACCCGAGAGGCAAAUCGGGGUCAUCCGCGUUCUCGAUGAUCCGUUUGCAGAUUCUCCUUUCCAACAGUCAGCCAAUCAGAGCGAUUCGUUUUCAAGUAGCAGCAGCCAAUCACAGUCCAAUCCGUUCAGUGACUCUCCUUUCACGGUAGAUAGAAAAGAAUUUGUUAACGGAGUUUCGACAACUCCCGUAGUUAAUCCUUUUGGAGGAGGCGAUUUCUCCAAACCAACCACAUCCUUCACACAAAGCUACAGCACUGGAGGGAUGGUCACAAGAGAGACGAAAACUGUGUUUUCUACCCCUGUAAAUAAGGACCUAGUAAAAAGUGACCCGUUCGGAGACUCCUUUAGAGUGACCUCUGCCGAUUCGUCUACUCUAGCUACGUCAGCAAUUUCUACAAGUUUCCCUGAGGACAGUGAGAGACGGGGCAACCAGCCGCCGGCAAACCAAGCCUUCGCCAGCCCCGGCAUUCAACAGCAGAUCGAUCCCUUCGGAGGGUCUUUCACUGCACCACCGGCCCAGCAACCUGCCUUCUCUCAGGCUCCCAUGGGCUUUAACCAACCACAGGCAGGAUUUGGCCAGGGCUUUGGUACCGCCCCGAUGGCAACCACCAUGCAGUCCCCUCCGAUGAUGGCGCAGCCCGGUUUUGGUAGCCCCGCGGGAUUCGGGGCCUCUCCGUUCAACGCCACGACGUCCUCGGUCGGGCUGAACACGGCGGCCAUCGCCAGCCCUGCACUCAACACAGCAGGACAGCCGCUAGUCAGACGCCCUCCCCCAGAGGAGCCCAAAAAGUCACAACCAGAUCCGUUCGCAGACUUAUUAGACUAUGCCGCCGACCAAGACAAGAAGCAGAUGGCACCUCCCGACGAGGUUGGCGUGGAGGGCACGUCAGAUGCCUUUUCUGCGUACUUCGGCUCUGCCGUGGGGAUCGAAGCAGAUGAAGAGGCGGAGAGCAAACCCCCGCCCUCAGGCCCUCCUCCCCCGCUACUGGGAGGCGACCUCACAGGGCCAGCUCCACCACCAAGGCCGUCAGCCAACGGGAUGGCAGCCCCGACCCCAGCUCCACGAUCAGCAGCCAACGGCCCGGCUUCGUCAGAUCCUUUCGGCUUCGGGAAUUCGUUUGGAGACGCUCCCCCCAAGCCGACACGAGCGGCCGCCCCACCAACGGCAGAGAUAGACCCGUUCGGGUUAGGAUCGUUAGCCCCAACCCCGGCGGCCCCUGCAGCAAACCCUGCAGCACCCAGCAACGACCCGUUCGGAAACGAGCCGUUCGCACCGUUCGACUUCGGAGGUGGAGACAGCAAAAGUGCUGCAAAGCAGGCCCCACCAAAGCCUGACCCGUUUGGCCUGGACCCUUUUACUCAGCAGGUUGGUUAAAGGUUUGAAGGCAAGAGGAGCCACUGUAUGCCACAGUGAACAAGCCACCGAAGAACCAAUGAGGAGACACUCAAGCACCCUGCCCUGUCCGCAGUUCUGCACAGAAACUUCUAUCAUCUGCUUGUUGUUACUUCCAUACAGUUCAUAUUAGAUUCAUACAAAUACAAUGUGUAGUAUUCACAU